GUGGCGGCGACGCACGCAUGCUUGCGAAAGGGAUGUGAGGAUUCCCGGCAGAGGCUUGCUGCGGCACUUGUGCUGGUCCCUGCCGGAUGGAUUGGCCUGCUGUGGUGUUUCCUGUUGCCACCCCCUUUUUCAGUCAAGAUUGACGGUCCUCCCAGUUCUCUUCGAAACGACCCAGCGGGGUCGAUCUAUUUCGGAAAUGGGUGCUUUUGGCACACGCAGUACGAUUUCGUGGUGGUGGAACAAGAUCCGGAUGGUCCCUUUCGGAGGAAUGACUCGGCAGUCACUAGCCUGAUUGGCUAUGCUGGCGGACGUUAUGAAAGCCCCAGUGGAGCUGUGUGCUACCACGGGCUGCCCCACACUGACUACUCUCGCCUAGGCCAUGCUGAAGCCUGUUCCAUCCAGUUGGAUGAUGUUCGUGGGGGGCGUGCUCAAUCGCAGGUAGCUGCCUUGGCGCAGACGUACUUCGAGCAUGGCUUCCAAACUCUUUCCGAUGGUCGCAGGCAGCGGCUUGAUCCCCAGGACAGGGGAGCCGAAUAUCGGAAUGUCAUUGGACUUCCUGGGGGUAUGGACAAUCAGGAGCUGUGGCCCAUUAUUGAGGCUGCAAAUACCCACGGCAUGCGGCUGCAACGUGGAGCGAUCGGUGAUUCUGAAGGCGAAUUUGUGGUCUACGUCUAUGAUUCCGUGGAAUACCCGUUUUUCCGUGGUGAAGAGUAUCACCAGUUCCAUCCCAACAAUGUGAUCCAACGUGACCUCCCCGCCUCCUAUCUGGUGACGAAGAAAGUACAGGAGGACCUCGGCCGCAUCGAUGAAAGUGAUAGGGGCUGCUUCGCCCUGGAGUUCGGCGGGCUGGUGGCUGUGCUUGCGUUCGUGUGCGCUGCAAUAUUCUCCUGCGGAUCCAUGUUCCUGUACAGCGUUUUGGCACCGCAUACGAAAGCCGCCCGCUGCUGUGCGCGGCGCGGUUCGCAUGCGGACGUUCCGUCCUCGAUGGAGUCGAAGCUUGGAACGCGCGGAGGUUUUUUGGAGUCGCACAUUUGGCCAAGACUAGGUAACUUGCGAAGCAAGCAGGACGCCAUGAGGCCAUCGAUGGGUUACGGUUACGGAUAUGGUGGCUAUGACCUUCCAUACUCGAACCGAAGAUCCUCGUCCUUGGGCGCUGGAAACCGCAGAAGUUCCGCGAUGCCAGAGACAACUCUGCGGGAACUCUUUGAAGCUUACACCAGGGUGGAGGAGAUUGAUGGCUACAAGUGCGAAAAAUGCAACUCCAGGCUUGGCUGUGAACGGAGCAGCCACAUCAAAAACCCGCCCAACAUCUUGGUGGUUUACAUCUCCCGACAGAAGGAGGAAAGGCCCCGGGGUGACCUGACGUAUCGUCUCUACGGAGUGGUUGUGCACAAAGAUGUCAACAACUCCACCUUUUUUGGGCACUACAUCGCCUAUGUGAAAACUGAUGGACGGUGGCGCAUGAUGGAUGAUGCCUCGGUCUCACCCUGCUCCUGGGCCACGGUGCAGGACCAACAAGCCGAUCUCUUGUUCUAUGCUGCCAACGAGGUGGAUCCACCUCCCCUGCACUUCGAGCCGAAGAGGCCAGACGUAGUCAAUGGAGAAAACACCGGAGAAAACAACGGAUCCGACGUCACGUUCAAGGCGGGCGCUCAACGUCCUGGAACCGCGCCCGCGGUAAAUGGAACCAGUUCUUAUUCGACAUUGAGGUCGGCUGAGCCUGCCACGGAAGCCGAAGCUGCUCCAGCGGAAGCUGCGAGGGUGAAUGAGAUCAGUUCUUCUUCGACAUUGAGGUCAGCGGAAGCUUCGGCUUCGCCUGCGAGGGCGAAAACAACGCUUUCGACGCUUUCGACGCUUUCGCCCGAGCCGAAUCUCGGGGCGGCGCCGACGCCUUCGAGGCCGGAGGAGCCUGAAGAGACCGCAGAGGACGGCUGGGUGGUGGUCACCAAGGCAGCCGAUGCGGACUGUGGAGGUGGUUUCUUCGAUUGGGACGAGCUGGAUCAUCUGGAAGCCCAAGAACCAAACUAA